AUGGCGCCACGAGGAGCUCGUGGUGGUGGUCGAUGUGGUAGUCACAUUGGUGGUCGUGAUGCUGGAGAUAGAAAUGCAUCUCAAUCACACAAUAAUGCAGAAAUUCAACCUUCUUUUUUAGUUAGAGGAUCAAACAUCUUGGAACAAAUUUUAGUGAUCAGAGCCAUCACAUGUAUAAUGAAGACGAUGUUUGACGGCCCAUGGACCUCAUGGAAGAAGGUUGACAAAGAACAUCGUGAUGCAAUGUGGGAACACUUCAAGACUGAUGUUCUUGCUCGCAAGGUAUGGGAAGACUGUAUGAAGAAACGAUUUCCUGACGUAAUGCGAAGAGCACGUGAAGAAUCUGUAAAACUUGCCAAAGCUGCAAAUGUGAAUGCCUCACUAGAAGGUGAUUUAAAUUUGCUAAAGGACUAUCACCCAAAUUGGAUAAAAAAGGAGUAUUGGGAAAAAAUGAUCAAUGAAGUCUGGACCACAUCCAAAUGGAAACGUUUAUCACAAUCAUGGAAAAAUAACAGAAAUAAAUUAGAACAUGGCUCUGUUUCCAAACAUACCGGGGGGUCUAUAUCUAUUCGUCAACAUAAGAAAAGAAUGCAAGCAAUGCUUAAACGCCCUCCUACAGGAGUUGAACUUUAUGCAAGGUUUCACACUAAACGGUAUACUCAAGAGUACAUUACACCAAAGGCAGCUAAAGUUAAGGACGCUUUUGAAAGUGCUAUGGUGGCUAAGUUUGGUGAUGAUACUAGUUGCUACCCCCUCUUGGAUAAUGAAACAUGGUGUGAUGUUUCCGGAGGAGUCAAGAAAGGAAGAAUAUAUGGAUUCGGAUAUGUGUCUGAUCCAACGAGCUUUUUGGAAGGAACAUCUAGUACAAUAACAUCCCAAGAGAUGCGUGGCGAAAUGGAUGCUAAAGCUGCAGAAAUGGAAGCUAAACAUCAACAAAUGCGUGAGGAAAUGGAUGCCAAAGUUGCAGCAAUAGAUGCCAAAUAA